AUGUGUUGUGGAGAAAGAUGUUGGGGUGGGGGGGGAGAAGAAGAAAACCCUAUUGAUGUCAGCUCCCUUUUCAGUUCCGAAGAUGGAUUCUCCGCCCCAGUCCUCUUCUCCCCCCUUGUCUCUUCUCUCAUCCCGCAGGUCAGCCCUCGGCGAACAGACCAGGGGAGGAGGGGGGGCAGAGAGGGAGGGGGGGGUCCGGUGCACCACGUGACCCCCAGGGGUGCCAAUGUACGGUCGUGAGGGUCUCAGGCCCUUGCACGUUGCCACCCACUGCCCGGGCCUCGCCCAGCGAUGCAGAAAGCCACCUACUACGACAACGCAGCGGCGGCACUCUUCGGAGGCUACUCCUCGUACCCGGGCAGCAAUGGCUUCGGCUACGACGUGCCCUCCCAACCCCCCUUCCAGGCCGCCACGCACCUGGAGGGCGACUACCAGCGCUCGGCCUGCUCGCUGCAGUCCCUGGGCAAUGCCGCCCCGCAUGCCAAGAGCAAGGAGCUCAACGGCAGCUGCAUGAGGCCCGGCUUGGCCCCCGAACCCCUGCCCGCCCCACCUGGCUCGCCCCCGCCCAGCGCCGCACCUACCAGUACCACUCAGCAACAGCAGUAAUGGGGGGUGGGCCCAGCAAAAGCGGCCCCCCCCAAGUGCGGUCCUGGCUCCAACUCCACCCUCACCAAACAGAUAUUCCCCUGGAUGAAAGAGUCGAGGCAAACGUCCAAGCUGAAAAACAGCUCCCCCGGCACAGCGGAGGGCUGCGGCAGCGGAGGAGGAGGAGGAGGAGGAGGAGGAGGUGGAGGAGGAGGAGGAGGAGGUGGUGCAGGAGGUGCAGGAGGAGGAGGAGGAGGCGGGGACAAGAGCCCCCCAGGGUCGGCGGCCUCCAAGCGGGCACGGACGGCCUACACGAGCGCGCAGCUGGUGGAGCUGGAGAAGGAAUUCCACUUCAACCGCUACCUGUGCCGGCCCAGGCGGGUGGAGAUGGCCAACCUGCUGAACCUCAGCGAGCGGCAGAUCAAGAUCUGGUUCCAGAACCGGCGCAUGAAGUACAAGAAGGACCAGAAGGCCAAGGGCCUGGCCUCGUCGUCGGGGGGCCCCUCCCCGGCCGGCAGCCCCCCGCAGCCCAUGCAGUCCACGGCCGGCUUCAUGAACGCCUUACACUCCAUGACCCCCAGCUACGAGAGCCCGUCCCCGCCCGCCUUCGGCAAAGCCCACCAGAAUGCCUACGCGCUGCCCUCCAACUACCAACCGCCUCCUCCUCUCAAGGGCUGCGGCGCCCCGCAGAAGUACGCCCCGACCCCGGCGCCCGAGUACGAGCCGCACGUCCUGCCGGCCAACGGGGGUGCCUACGGGACGCCCACCAUGCAGGGCAGCCCCGUGUACGUGGGUGGGGGCGGCUACGCGGAUCCGCUGCCGCCCCCUGCCGGCCCCUCCCUCUACGGCCUCAACCACCUCGCCCACCACCCCUCUGGGAACCUGGACUACAACGGGGCGACCCCCAUGGCCCCCAGCCAGCACCACGGACCCUGCGACCCCCACCCCACCUACACAGACCUCUCCUCUCACCACGCGCCUCCUCCUCAGGGUAGAAUUCAAGAAGCGCCCAAAUUAACACACCUGUGAUGGGAGAGGGGUGAGGUCAUGGGGUGGGGAAGAUAGAUGGGAAGCUGGGUGAGGGGUUGGUGGCUAGUUGUGGGGGGGGGGAUCUGAAAGGAAACUGGGAUGGUAGCCAAGUUUUCUGGGAAAAAGGGGGCCUGGCCCUCCUUCCCCUCCUCCCCUCUCUGGUCCAAGAGUUUUUGCUGGUUCCAGCCUCUGGUCCCAUCUGCCUGCCAACCCAUAGGAAAGGAAUCCUCCUCCCCAGCAGACUGGACAUGACCCAGGCUGUGCUAGGCCUCCAGCAGCUUCCCAGCUGGGACCCCGCACUCCAGAGGGGGCUGGAGGCAGAGACCAGGCAGACAAGCACAUUUAGAAACACUCAAGGCUCACCACCCCCCCACAGCUGUCUUACCUUCCAUUUCUGUGGGUGAUUCUCUCCCAAAUCUUGACUCCCUCCCCCCUCAGUUCACCUUGAAAAGAAAAACAAGAAAGCAUUUCACAACCGAGGGCACAAAGCAUGACUCCCACUUCCCUGAAGCCUCAGUCUUGCUUCCAUCUGUUUGAGGUUGAUUGGGCAUUCCCUCCAUGUCUGAUCUCAUAUUUUUUCUGCUCUAGGACAUAUCUAAAAAUCGCCUCCACCCAUGACAGUUUCCAGAGGGCUCAGGGAUGGUGAGAGAUCCUGAAAGGGAGAGCUGUCUAUAUUAUAAAUAUAUAUAUUUUUUUCUUUCAUGGCAAAAGCUGGGAGGCAGGACAGGCAAGGUGUCAGGACUGUAGGUUCGCCCUUUCUGCUGCCACCCAUCUUGGUUCCAGGGCCAGGCCCCUUUGACCCCAGCGAGCAGAGCAAUCGGUGACACGAGCUCUACGCUUUUCUUUUCUUCUGUUGCUCUCUUGACUUAACGUGAAACAGGGUAUAUUUUAACAAACUGUCCCAGGCAGAGGCAAAGGCUGGGCCUGCGGGGCCUUGCUCAAUCCUCUGACAGGGCACUUUUGUUGCACUUAGAGUUUACAUUUUAAUGGAUAUAAAAACAACUGUGAGAGGUGCCUGGGCCUGCAGGAGCCCAGCACCGCUCAAAAAGUGUGUGUUCUAGUGAACAUUUUCAUAUAUAUUUAUUGGUUAUAGCCUGUUAAAAUAUUUUCUUUUUUUUUUUUGGUAUUAUUUAUCCCCACACAUUUAUGUAUUUAUAUGAGGGAAAAAAAGGAAAAAAUGUACUUUUUUAGUAUUGUUAUAAAGGCCGUUGUGUUUUCUGUCAUGUAAAACCAGCUAUUUUAGUUAUUAUUGUACUCUAGAAAAGAGCUGUAGAUUUAUGUUAAAAUUCGUACUUAUGAGGAAUUGUAAUUAGUGCUAAAAGGCAUGAACUCAGCUCCUAAUUGUCACUGUAUAGUCCUGAAUUUGUAGAAUUAGAGUUAAUUCCCUCUUGAAACUUUCUUUGUCCUUCCGUAGUUACUUUUUUCCUUACUUAAAAGGGUUGUCUGUUGAACAAUUCUUGAAUAAACUUUCUGUUAUCAAUUUUA